AUGUGGUUUAAUAAAGCAACAACACCUUACCAAUCGAAUAGUCGAAUCAGACGUAGCGCAAUCUCAAAUCAACUCGCUUUUAUUAAAAAGAUGGAUGCAGAUGAAAUUGAUGAUUUCGAUCUUACUUUAGAUGUAGAUAAAAAAGAUGAAGUAAAGCAACAACAACAGUUUGUUUCAACACUUACACCGGAAGAGCAAAGUCUAAAGAAAUACUAUGAUGAGAAAUUCCCAUGGGAUUUGUUAUAUGAAUGGUUAUCAUUCAAUCAUUUUGGUGAUUCUAGUGAUGGACAAUCCGAAUACUUUGGAAGACGUGAGUUCUCUGUAUCGUAUACACGACCGGACAAACAAAUUGUAUUGCGUAAUCGAUCGUCUCCCGAUGUCAAUAAUAUCAAGCUGUUGAUCAAUGACCUACUCCCGGCGACAACAGUGGUCGGUGCAAGUGGCGAAGUAAAAAGAAAGACAAUCGGUGGCAGCGGUAGGCUAGUAUACGAUAAACUCGAUAUCGGUCCAGUCUACAACAGUGAACCCAUUAAAAAGGAUAGCGUUACUAGCUAUUCACCGGUGGAGCGUGAGUUGGUGUUUGAUAUCGAUAUCAACGACUACGACGAGGUGCGUGCCUGCUGCAAAGGCCAAACGCUCUGCAGCAAGUGCUGGGGACUACUUGCACUGGCGGCCGACUAUCUCACCUACCAGAUCAACGAGUGUUUCGGAUUCGAGCAGUUCCUCUAUGUCUUUAGUGGUGGUCGUGGUCUUCACAUUUGGAUCUCUGACAAGUCAGCGGUAACACUCACCUACGAAAUGCGUAAAUCACUCGUUUCAUUCCUAAGAAUGGAUCAUUCAUCCGAUUAUUUACAUCCACAAAUAGAAUUUUUCUUAAAGUAUUUCGAAGAGCAUAUGAUUGAAGAUCAGUUGUUGUUGAGUGACGAGAAGCAGUUGAAACAGUUUUUAGAGCAAUUCCCAGAGAGUUAUGGAAAGAAAAAGAUUAAUAUUAGAGAGAGUGUAGAGCGUGUUCUAGAGGAGAACAGCGAGGUUUCAUCCGAUGUCGAAAAGUGGAUGGCUAUCAAGGCAUCGUUGGCCACUCUCAAGGAGAAUAUCGAUUUGCAAGAGAUCAUCUUCCGUGUCGUCAUGUAUUAUACUCAUCCACGUAUAGAUGAACCGGUAACCAUUGGAUUUAACCAUCUUUUGAAAUCACCAUUUUGUAUACAUCCAAGAACCAAGAAACUAUGUGUUCCAAUUGAAUUAUCAGAGAUUCACAAGUUUGAUCCAAACAAUGUUCCAACUUUAAAUUCAAUUUUAAAUAUUAAUCAAGAUAACAACAACAACAACAAUAAUAGUAAUCAAAUGGAUAUAGAUGAUGAAAGUAACAACAAGAAGAAAAAGAAAAGUAAAAAUCAAGAUAACAAUACCAAUGAUUUCCAAAGAUACCGUAAACAAUUUAGUUUAUAUAAUUAA